AUUCAAACCCAAUGUAAACAAAUCGAACUUCAUCAAGAGAGGAGACUACGAAAUACUCUACUGAAGAUCCGUGGGAAAAAAAGGCGAAAAUGCCGUGCGAGAUCAUCACGCUCCAGCUCGGCCAGUGUGGCAAUCAGAUUGGAUUCGAGUUUUGGAAGAAGCUGUGCGGUGAGCAUGGGAUAUCUCCCGAAGGCACACUUGAAGAUUAUGCAACUGAAGGGACAGACCGCAAAGAUGUCUUCUUCUACCAAGCUGAUGAUGAACACUACAUCCCUCGUGCAGUUCUGCUCGAUUUGGAGCCUCGAGUUAUUCAUUCUAUCAUGAAUUCUCCUUAUGCUAAGCUGUACAACCCUGAGAACAUAUAUAUGUCAAAGCAAGGAGGAGGUGCAGGUAAUAACUGGGCCUCAGGCUUUAGCCAAGGGGAGCGUAUCUACGAGGAAGUUUUUGACAUUAUCGACCGAGAAGCUGAUGGCUCAGACAGUUUAGAAGGCUUUGUGCUCUGUCACAGCAUUGCUGGGGGGACAGGUUCUGGCCUUGGCUCUUAUAUCCUCGACAGGUUGAAUGAUCGCUUCCCAAAGAAAGUUGUGCAGACCUAUUCUGUUUUUCCCAACCAGGAUGAAAUAAGUGAUGUGGUGGUUCAGCCUUACAAUUCCCUGCUAACACUGAAGAGGCUCACACAGAGUGCAGACUGUGUGGUUGUGCUAGACAACACUGCUCUCAACCGCAUUGCAACUGACCGUCUCCACAUCUCCAACCCUACCUUCUCACAGAUUAAUUCCCUUGUGUCAAAUAUCAUGUCUGUUUCCACUGCCACUCUGAGGUAUCCCUCAUAUAUGAACAAUGACCUGAUUGGCCUGAUUGCUCCUCUGAUACCCACACCAAGAUUACAUUUCCUGAUGACUGGCUACACUCCUCUAACUACAGACCAAGAGGUGGCAUCAGUGCGGAAGACAACUGUUUUGGAUGUGAUGCGUCGCUUGCUCCAGCCCAAGAACAUGAUGGUCUCCACUCCCCUGGACCGUAACACACAGCACUGUUACAUCUCCAUUUUAAAUAUUAUUCAGGGAGAGGUGGAUCCAACUCAAGUGCACAAGUCUCUGCAGAGAAUAAGAGAAAGGAAGAUGGCUCAGUUUAUCCCAUGGGGCCCAGCAUCUAUUCAGGUUGCACUCUCAAAGAAAUCCCCAUACAUCACCACAGCCCACAGAGUAUCAGGCCUUAUGCUUGCCAAUCACACUAAUAUCUCUGCUCUGUUUGAGAGAACACUGCACCAGUAUGACAAGCUGCGCAAAAGAGAAGCUUUCUUGGAACAGUUCCGCAAAGAGGCCAUGUUUGCGGAGAGUUUGGACGAGCUUGACAGUUCCAGGGAAGUUGUGCAGCAACUUGUGGAUGAGUACAAAGCAGCAACAACACCUGACUACCUCUCUUGGGGUCUCAAUCAAGAUGCUGCAGAGGCUUAGGGUCACGGUGCACAAAAAUGGAAUUGACAAAAAGCUUUAAAUAACAAACAUUUUGUCAUUCAUAUUUGAAUGGUGUAUGUUGUGGAAAAACAUGUGUCUUUGCUUGUUUUAUAUACUUGUUUAUCUUGCCAAUAUAUGUGAUUUGAGAAUUUAAGUACAGUGUCUUUGUGUAUAUAGUGAACCAGGUGUUUUGGGAUAAGGGCAUACAAGCUGUUCAUAAACAUGCCUAGAUCUAGCUUUCACUCAUUUUUUAACUUCCUAUUCAGUUGGAGAGUUAAGGGCCUUUUCAGAAUAUGCUGAGUGAUAGUAAUAGAGGGAAAUCUUGUGGGAGAGAGAGGCACUACAUUAUAGUAGCCUUUCUUUAGAAGUUCAUACCUUAUAUAACAUCAAAGCCAUGGGGAACCUUCAUCCCAGUGCCAUAAAAAUGUUGAUGAUAUGACCAGGAAACUGAUCAUUAAAGAUUGUAUUUUUAUUUUUAUAUUGCAAUUGGUGGUAGGAGUUUGAAUCUUUCACAUGCUAUGGCCAAUGAUUUUGUUGUACCAGACAAUGGUGUUUUAGCAUACACAUUCGUAAAAUAAUGCAGGUGCCCUGUGCACAGGCUUGCUUAUGCUAAUUAAUGUCCACAGAGGAUUAUAUAAUCUGCUAAAGAAAAAAGAGAAUAGGUGUAG